AGAUCAUCCUCAAGGGCCCUAAGAGGGAUGACUAAAACGAUCCCCUGCCCUGCUAAUCAAUCGUAGCUUUCUUCUUCCAUGGUGGCGGAAUCUUCACAUCCUCAGAUGCGGAAAGGCUGCAGCCACCCAGCACCGCCCUUCUACAAAAGAGGAGGGAAUGCAUUGUCUUCGGCUCGGGUAGCUCGUUAUUGGCUCCUAUCCGUAUCAGGAUGCAUCUUGAUCCUAAAAAAGAUGUGUGGAACGCCACGUUUUCAGCCUCGCAGCAAACGCGGGAGAGAUCCCAAUGGGUGCUGGCAUUUGCUUUUGAAAACACGAUGGAUCCGAAUAUUGUUGUGUACACCAGCGUCACCACACCAGAUGAGACGCCACCACCCCAAACUAUCCCUAGCAGCAAUGCAAUAUCAACAACCUUCACUGCAGCAUUCAGCCCCUCACUUAGGUCGUCUGCCACAGCUAUAUGGUCGGCCGGGCCAGCCUCUUUUACAACAAGCUCGUCCCAGACUCCGUCAUCAGGUCUCACAAUCGUCGCCAAACUCGUCAUCGGCAUCAGCAUCCCGCUAGCAGUGGUUGCUAUAGCAUUCGGCAUCGUCAUUUUCUUCCACAGGAGGCAGGAAAAGGGAAAGCUUAACCCAGAAAAAGGACCCGCCGAAACAACAUCCCAAUACUUUGCAGAUAACCCCUCGCCUCUCGUUGCGGAGCUGCACGACCACAGCACGGUUCCAAUCUGGCAUGAGCUCCCUGGUCAUCCAUCUGCAGAGGCUGAGAACUACCGUUCUAAAUCUGCGAGCUCGUCUGUACACGAGCUUCGCCAGGCUGAGGCCGCGCAAGAAUUUGAUGCACGCGAGCUACAGCGUCAGGCCUCGUUAGCUGCCUCUGUGCACGCACCCCACGAGCUCUCAGCCUCGAGGUCGCGGCAGGCGACUCCUGCACCUCCAGUCUCUGCUGUUUCUACCAUCGAGCCCCAAGGCCCCUUAGUCCCACCAAUACCACAGUCUUCAAUACCACAUAACUCUACCCCCACGACUACGGGUGCACAAACCGAAUAUCCACAGCGUCCUACCUCUCCUAUCGAUGACAACGCUAGCGUCCACGUUUCUCGGCAUGCAUCAACUAUUGCGGGUAGAACAACGAAUGACGAUGCGGAGCUGGCACAAAUAGAAGAAGCGAUGGCGCGGCUACGGAAUCAGAAGAAAUUACUACAAGAGCUGAGAGAUGUGGAGAGGCAGGAAGCAGAGAUGGAGAGACGGAGGAAGGAGUUAAGGAGGGCGAGGGGUGGAUCUGGAGGGUCAGGGGAUUGAGGGUUACAGGGGUAGUAAAGGAGUGAGUGGUGUGUAUAUAGGAUACCCCUGUGAGACUAUACCUAUCAAGCUAAUCAUAACGUAUUUUCUGCG